AUGGCAAACGCACUAUGGCACCUUCAGGGUGGCUAUACUGGGCGGGAAGGCCUCGCAGGUAUGAAGAACGGUCGGGCGUCGAACAUCGCGUCUACGCACACCGGUCAAAUGAUUGAAGCCUCCCCCAUCCCUAUCGGCAUCUCGCUCAAGCGCAAACGCCGCGGCGCGAAUCUCAACGAACGAUUUGACCGUAUGAUGGACUCCGUGAACAUGGUCUCUCGAUCAAGCACUCAUCCUGUGCCGGCAUCGAAAAGAAGGAAACGAGAGUCUACGUCCGGUUCAUCCAGCGAUCCGCCCGCGCCAGAAACUCCGCGUAGCACGUCGGUUGGUAGGAACUUCUCGAUGAUCAAGCUUCAGGACAACAGUGCAUCAUCUAUGUUGUCAGAUAGUGGGUCCGAGCUGACGAUUGCUGCCAAUAUGCCUUCCUGGUUGACUCACACUCUAUGCGGCUUACAACCUCAACAUCCUCUGCGUCGUCUGGUCCCUGGGUUGGAAAAAGCUUCUUCUUCCACUCCAAAGUCCGCUCUCAUUGCACCUUCCGAUGAAACCCCCUUCGCUUUUCAUCCCCCGCCGGCGGCGCCUGAAGCAAUCUCUCCGAUUAUCCCUGGAGGUGAUCACGUAUAUGCACCCUCAAAUCUCACCCCCGACUUCAACUCUCGGGAGGGCUCAGUCGUGGAUGGACUAUAUGCAGCUCAAGACACACAAACUGCUUUCUACGUCCAUCCUGAAGACUCGCCCUCGGCGCCUGCUCUCAGGUUGACUGACCAACAUCCGCAACCUCAGGCUCACCUUGAGCACACAAGAGACCCAGAAUACAGCCCCGCUACUCGUACGAAUUCACCAAACGUAUCGCUCGUCGACUCUGAACUAGACGGGAUCAUCGAGGAGCCCGAUUCUACGUUUGCCCAUGGGUCCACCUCUAACCAUGCAGAGCGCCCUUUUCGCUUCCGAUCACCCACGCACAUGUCUCCUGCCGAUGGGCCCUUCCAGCAGGAUUCACAAGAAGGCGAUACGUAUGCUGCCGCGCGCAACAUUGCACCAUCACCUAGCGGUGGUUGGUCUUUGCCACCCGUUACUCCUGUUGUUGAGAGAGGAGGUACUCUAUCGUUGGCUAGCGAACCUCCCAUACUUUUGGAAGACGAUGAGGACGUCUUUGCUUUCUCCUCAUCUCCCAGAAACCAUGUACCGCCUGUCGCCCUUCACGAAGAAUCAUCAAGCCUUCCUCUUCCUCCGUCCUCUCAUCGCUUUGUAACUCCGGUGCCCCCUCUCCGUCAAUCGCUCGACCCUCCACCACCAGCUCCUCGCUACAGUCGACGGGACUCUUCUCUCUCUAUCGUUUCUUUCGUCUCGCCUUCGGUUGAGCGGCGCACACGCUCUCCGCCUCCUGUAGACUUGUCGCAGCUCGACUUCCGCUGGACGCCUGGCCCGAUCUUUCGUCCACAGCGGGCGCCUCUUACUUCCCCACCUGCACCGAUCUUCGCCGAAACAUUCAGACCACACGAAGAGGGAAAGUUGGAGACCCUGGCUGCGCCCACUCAUGAGCAGCCGAACUCGUCUGGCUUAUCUUCGCCGCCGUCGAGCGACGAUCUUGACGCGCACGUACGGCGUUUGCAGCGUAUGCUUCAGUCUUCCUCAGAGGCUGGCUCUCCUGCAAGGAACACUUCUUCUGCAGCCCCGAGCGCUACGAACCCCGAAGAACCUGCCCAGACUGGUGGUGACGAGUGGGAGGUCGUCACCCCGCGUCGGUACACGGCGGGUCCGACGGUUGCGCCAUCGUCAGGUCAGCCGCGAACGCCGCAGGAAAGACACGAUGUCGCGCCGCGCGUCGCCACUCCCGAACCUCCCACCCCUGCAUUCGCCCCUGCACCGGGGAUAUACAUCUCGCCGUUGAGAACACCUACCGAUGCCGAUGAUGACGCGUACGAGGAUGUGUCGCAGGCGGACAAGGAAGUGGAGGCCACUGGCGGAGAUGAAGUCCAUGUUGAGCCGGUGGAGGAGUAUGACUAUGAGCCCAGUCAGCGCCGUGGGUCGCGGGGCUCUGAGCACGAUAGUAUCGAGUCAUGGACUGCGUGA